GCCUCCCCCGUGACAACUCUCCGAUGGCCGAGAAGACGAGCAAAGUGCUGGUGAUCGGAGGCACUGGAUACAUCGGAAAGUUCAUCGUGGAAGCGAGCGCUAAGUCCGACCACCCUACCUUCGCUCUCGUGAGGGAGUCCACUCUCUCCGACCCCACCAAGGCCAAAAUCGUCGAAGGCUUCAAGAGCUUAGGCGUCAAUUUACUUCAAGGAGACAUACACGAUCAAGAGCGUCUACUGAAUGCGAUUAGGCAGGUCGAUGUGGUAAUCUCUGCUGUCGGGAGAGAGCAAGUAGAGGACCAAGGCAAGAUUGUUGCCGCCAUUAAAGCAGCCGGGAAUGUCAAGAGAUUCUUGCCUUCGGAGUUUGGAGGUGAUGUGGAUCGUGCCCUUGCUGUGGAGCCAUUGAAAGCUUCACUUGCCAUCAAGGCUAAGAUCCGCCGCCUUGUUGAGGCUGAGGGAAUCCCUUAUACCUAUGUAUGUUGUAACUGUUUUGCGGGCUAUAUCCUUCAGACCUUUGCACAGCCGGGGGCUACAGCUCCCCCUAGAGAUAAAGUUGUCAUCUUAGGGGAUGGAAAUGCAAAAGCGGUGUUUAACAAGGAGGAGGACAUCGGCACCUAUACCAUCAAAGCCGUGGAUGAUCCAAGGACCUUGAACAAAAUUCUGUACAUCAGACCUCCUGCCAACACCUACUCGUUUAAUGAGCUCGUGUCUUUGUGGGAGGGAAAGAUCGGCAAGGCCCUGGAGAAGGAGUAUGUUCCAGAGGAGCAGGUUCUGAAGAACAUUCAAGAGGCGUCGGUUCCACUCAAUACCUGGUUGGCCAUAUUGCAUUCUGUUUUCGUGAAAGGAGACCAAACCAACUUCGAGAUUGAGCCACCAUUCGAAGUGGAAGCUUUGGAGCUCUACCCCGACGUCAAAUACACGACCGUGGAUCAGUACCUUGAUCAGUUUGCCUGAUUAUCGAAACCGACUGUGCUUGGUGAAUUUCUCACAUCAGCUUGAAUCAUAAAUAAUAUAGGGUUCUGCUUCUCAGGAUCCUAGCGUGAAAUGUCGCUCCUGCCGAUCAUCUCAAGGCAUGUACAACCUCCAAAUAUAAGGACAUACUAUGAAGUAUGAAUAUUCAAUGUGGGCGCAUCUCUGCUGUGCUUGGAGAGGUUACUUCUGUUUUGGCCCAA